AUGGGCUCGUCUUCUUUGCCCCCGUUUGCCCCAUUUCCAACCGCAGCAUGGAAGGAGCUGCUGUCCAUCGACGAGUGGAACGCCGGCCUGGGUGCUUGGAUAUCUCUGGCUGAGGCCCAUCUCGCCCUGUCUGACGCCGACUUCUCCAAGCAAACCCUCGGCGAUGAAUCAGUGUCUCAGUUCCUCGCUUCCUUCAUGAGAGAGGUCGCCGCCCACGGCUCUGCCCUGCUUGGCACCUCGGCGCCCGCCAGGCUGCUUCUCAAGGACUGCUUCCUGCUCGCCGCCAGGGUCCUGAGGUCCUCCUCCCCACCGGUUGUCCUGCUGCAGUGGGAGUUCCUGUCCGACCUCAGCCGUGUCUACUCCAAGAAGCGGGCCAGCAGCCUCCUCUCUUCCCUCUCGGCCUCGUCCCACGACACUGUCGAGGCAUUCCUGGGCCCUGUCAAGAAGUUCCUCAUCAAGAACCUGGAUAAUGGCCUCAACGGGGACCUCAAGUCGGUCGAGCAAUAUCUCCACAGGCUGAGCCACCUCAUCAGCGCAUCCCCUUGUGCUGCCUCGUUUUUCCUCGCAGGGAGUGAGUUCCUCGACGGCCUUAUUGCUUGCUACAGGAUCAUGAAUCCCCCCUUGAGGAAGACCAUCAUCACCACCACAUACCUCAGCCUCAUGGGGCUGGUCGAGAGCAGCCCCCCAAAGCUCUCCCUGCUCACCGACCAGCUGUAUUCGCUCAAGACCGCUGCUGAGGACCACAAGGCCGGCCCGACCAGCGCCAACGACUCCCUCGUGCCCGAGCUUGUCAGCACCACACCGCUGCUCCAGCAGAUCAAGCAUAGGCUCGAGGCAUCGGGCACAGAGAACGCCCGCACCAAGAACAUGAUCAUGGACCUGGAGGCCUUCCGCAAACCUGGAGUUGGCAUGAAGCCAAAGCGUCUGGUUAGGCGCAAGAUCGACAAGGGUAAAGGCGUGGCCCUGGACGACCACGAGGCCAUGGCCGGUGAUGUACAUGUCCACCACAUGAGCCAGAUCACACAAGUACAGGAUCUCUUCCCAGAGCUCGGGUCUGGAUUUGUGUCCAAGCUGUUGGACGAGUACGGCGGCGAGACGGAGCAGGUCAUCGCACACCUCCUCGAAGAUUCAUUGCCGCCGCACCUCAGCGCGGCGGAUCGAUCUGAGCCAUUAUCCACCACAACUGCCAAACCAAGACGGCGGUCCAGCCUCUUGCCGCGCUCAACACCGCCGCUCCUCCCCACCCGGCGCAACGUAUUCGACGACGACGAACUAGACCGUCUCGCUGUCGACGCCUCCCAGCUUCAUAUCGGCAAGAAGGCCCCCGACAAGACGGCCGACGACAUCCUCGCCGAUCGGUCCACUGCCCCCAACAAAGCUGCCAUCCUGUCGGCGCUGGCAGCCUUUGACUCGGACGACGACGAGCGUGACGACACCUACGAUGCCGCAGAUGUUGGCGGCACCGUUGAUGCGGCAACCACGGAGGACCCCGCCAACGACAACGAGGAGACCCUGUGGAGGACGUACCAGAGCACGCCUAAUGCCUUUGAGCGCGACCAGGCCACGCGCAGGAGCGCGGCCAGGAGCAAGCUCAAGGACGACACGGGCAUGACAGACGAGGCCAUCGAAGGGUGGGCUGUCAUGCUGUCGCGCAAUGCCAACCAGAACCGCAGGUUGGAGAUGAAAUACAGCGCCGCCAACACCUUCACCGGGCAGCAGAACGAGCUGACGAGCACGGCAUGGCGGGCGAGUCCAGCCGGGUCGGGCGCGGAACAGUCCGAUACCGACGGCGGUGGGCGCGGAGGGCGCGGCGGACGAGGUCGCGGCGGCAGGGGGCGGGGUCGAGGUGGUGGUGGCCCAGGCCGUGGCGGCGGGAACGUUGCCGGGCCGAGCGGCGAGCACGACACGGAGCAGGCGAGACGCCGGAAGGAGGCCAGCAAGAGCCAGAGGGCAAACCACAGCAGGCGUGACCAGCGGGCCAAGAAGAUGGCCAGGGGUGGGUUUCCCGGCUGA